AAUUGAUAGGCUGGCAGUUACCUCGAUGGUCCGAAUAGCAGCUCACCAGUGGAGAAGUGUGUGUAUGAGACCGUAAGUGCUUUCUGGAUAUUGUGUAGCUCAUUGUUCUCGGUUGACAUGCUAGCGAUCAUACCAGGCCACCGGCAAGUUGACAAAAAAGCUUGGGCAUUGUCCGGCUACAGUACCUGUGAAGGCACACUGCUGAAUGUGCUGUGAAGAGGUGGGGGAGACGAGAUACCCAGGAGGAGCAAUGUUUAUCUGCAGACAGCCGGUUGUACGACAGUACUUCGAUCACUGUACGAGAAUUGCCAAAUACUUAGUUGCAUCCCCUAUUAGAAUUCCCCAGUACUUGCUAAGGUUAUUCACCGGCCUGUUGUACACGUCCAAAGCCGCGGCUUUCAGGCUAAGCCGGGCCGGCACACUGAAGGCUCAUUUUGGGUCAGGCCGAGGUCCUGGUAACCACACCCGAGCGAUAGCCAUUCUUCAGCCUGGUACUUCUUUCCACCCCAUAUCCUCAGCAGAAAGACCCUGCACGUCCGCGAUCCACGUUAGCAUUCUUUAUGAUCCUGUUCAUGCCUUCCGUGUUGUUAACCAGUGGCCUUCUGUGGAAGACCAAAACUCAAAACUCAAAUGUUGUGCAGGAGGUUCGAUAUCUAUGGCGGCCGUGCGGAGCUUCAUCGAGGAUGGUCAUAUUACGCAGAGUGUUGUUUGGGAAGUCACAACGUCUGAUGAACGCGCCCAUACCUCAGGACAAGUAAUGCGAAGCCAAGGCCGCCUAGGAACCGGAGAUUCAUUCGUGCCCCACGACCCCAUCGUGCCGUACAUCUCCCUUUGAGCAUUUGCCACAUCAACUUCUCAUAACAUUCACAGUUCUUCUCAGUCUGCGUAACUUAUCCUGUGUUUUGGACUCAAUUGUUUUCGCCUAAAAUAGGGA